UUGUCACUUUGUUGUACUGGACUCAUUUCACCCAGAGAUGUGGCUGCUGGGCACUGCAGUGUUACUGGCUCUGUUAGUGGCUGCAGGUUCCGAUCCAUCCUGUUAUGGAGGUGUUAAAGGAGAUCCCCCAUUCUGUUCCAAAUGUGAUGGAGUCUGUUCUGUUGGUACUGGGUGCAUGUGCAACAAUUCCUCUAAACUUUGUCUUCCUGAUAUCAAUACCUGUUCCAUGAAUUCUUCAGCCUGCUGUUUACCAGAUCUUUCUUGGUACCCAGAGUUGACCUGUUGCAUAGCGGAUCCUUACUGUUUCCCUUCUUGUUUGCCAGAUGAAGUUUGUGAAUAUGUAAUCCACAGACCCACCUGUAUUGCUAAUAAAACCUUCUACAACUCACAGAACUCUAAACUGACAAAUGUAACCAGAAUAAUUGAGUGCAGAGGCUCCAAUAUGACAGUGUCUGUAAGUAAGAACUUACUGGAAUUUCUAAACUACAAACCAUCAAUGUCAAGCCUGUUGCAACCCAACUGUACCAAAGCUGUUGAGGACAUUGUGCAAGGACAACGUGUUUACUCAUUCACAGUGCCAUGUAGUAAUGGGGAAUGUGGAGACACAAUGGUGAAAAACACAAGUCAUGUGACAUUCUGGAACACACUGCUCAUUCCUGCUUCUACUGAUUUUGGGAUUGUGACUGUGAACAAUUUAAGCCUUGAUUUCUCUUGCACAUAUGCUCUAAACAUGCAAAGUUCCCUGUUAACAGUCUUCAAACCAGUUAUGAGUUCAGCUAGCCUAAACACUGGGAAUUCAGCAAGUGCAGCCAGCACAACCAUAGCAGCAUAUGUUGACCCCUCAUACACUUCGCCUCUGCAGCAAGAUGGCCAGGAGCAGCUUCAAAUGGGCUCUACUUUAUAUUUUGGGGUGUACACCAAUUUCUCUGAUCCGAAUGUUGUUCUACGUGUAGAUACAUGCUUUGCAUCCCCUACACCUGAUAGUACAAGCCCUAUAAAAGUGAUGCUGCUUGAUAAUGGGUGUUCAAGUGACCAGGGGCAGUAUAUCCAGGUAAUUGACAAUGGAAAAUCCAAGGAAGUCAGAUUCAGUUUUGUUUCCUUUGCCAUUCAGGGUUAUGACAGUGUCUACAUCUUCUGUGUUGCACGACUGUGUUUAACUUCAACAGGGACUUGCAGUGGGUGCUUAAAUACCCGUGCCACCACUGAAGGUACAGCACAGCUGGGACUUGGACCUUUCACAUUUAUAGGUGACUUCAGCAGCUCUGCUUCUUGCACAGUUAUGCCUGUUGCUUGGCUGGUGGGAACCAUGUUGACUUUUAUCAUAUUUGAAAUCCAAUAGACCAUCUGAAGAAAAUCCCCUGCAUCUGAAUUUAUUAGAAAGUCACUGGAACGUGCCAGACUCUGUGAUAACUGAUCACAAUAUUAUGAUCGGAAAUCAUUUAAUCCAAAAAACAUUUGACUUUUAAAUAAAUUGUAAAUAUCUGUAAAUAUGAUUCUUUAUUCUGUAUUCUAGAUUUGUUGCAAACAAGCAGAUGAACAAAGCUGCAUCCAUUCUCUUACAUGCAUAUAACUGGUUAUCAAAGUACAGAGAUAGACUGGAAAGGGAAGUUUGAGAAUAAACUUCAUGUUGGGUUGAAAUCUGA